GGGCCUGAGAGCUCAAGGGCUUUUGGAAAAUGGAAUUUUGAGUUGUUUUAAGUGAAUUUAGGGGGUAAUUGAUGGAGAGAAAUAAGAAGGAGAUUAAUUGGGCUGAGCUGAUGGGGCUGGCUGCGUUGAAGGUUAAUAAGACUGAUAGACGUAACCAACAAAAGAUUCGAAUUGAAGAGUCUAAAGUUUGUAAAGAAAAGAAGGAGAAAUUAAAUGUGGUAAACAACCAAAAAACCUUUUAUCUAUAAUGCUCUUGUAUAUAUAUUUAACAACUUCAGGAACUCUAAUGGGGAAGUUUUGCCUCCGCUAAAGCAGCGUCUCAGUCAGUCCUUGCCUAAAUAAGUACAUGAAAUAUCCGGAUGCCAAGCUUAAAUAGGUUAGCCGUUCCUGAAAAGCCAAGGGCUCCAGAUGAGAUCAACAGCAUCAGGGAUGCUGAAAAAUAUUAUAGAACAGAAAGGAAACCUAGAGUUGGAAACUUAUACAACAGUCAUCCCCAGGCUUUGGACAACGCUAAUGAGAAUAAAUUUAAAAACGAUAAACUCAGUCAUUCAUAUGGUAAAAAUGUUGUUCCUAAAGGUGCGUUUAUGGUUCCGAAAGACCAUGAUUUAAUAAAAGAUCCUCAGAAGAAUCCAAAGAACAGAAGAUAUUCUGAAUAUCAUUUAGAGGAUAUCCAAAGAACUCCUCGAGAGAAUCAAGGGUACAAAAGAAAGAGCAAUGAGAGAUACAACAGAUACAGGGAAGAUUAUUACGCAAAGUAUAUUCAUCCAUAUCCAUUUUGGUUACCACACCCUACCAUCACCCGCACGCAAGCAGCAAAAAUGCAAGAACUAAAAACUCUCCGCAAAGAGCUCGCCCGGCUCAAAGCCAAGAACAUGCGGCACCAUCUCGGCGAAGACUAAUAACCCAGCCACUGCUAUCCCCUGCUAUAUAAUCAACCUGAAACUUAACGUUUUAAGCUAAUCUUUACCCUCAACUUUAAACUUCUAAUGAAUCAGAAGGAAUUUAUGAACAAGUGGGCCUUAUAUAAGCUUCAGG